AUGCUCGACUUGCUGAGGCUUGCGCAAGCACGGUGUAAGAUGCUGACGGACAUGGCCAUGUCUCAAUACCUCACAGUGGGUCAUGCAACUUGGAAUCGCUCCUUGAAAGAAAUCGACUUGAGAGUAUGCGAUCAAACAACACUAUUUCUCGAGGCCGAGUUCCACCGCGGAAUGCACGCAUGUAUACACUUUGUGUACAAUUCCAAAGACGCCACCAAUCGACCGCGGAAUACAGAAUCUGGGAGUGAAGAUCUCGACGACUACCCCUUGCCCUUGCUGCGAAAGGACGCCGCCGUUCGACUGACGACUGUUGUUCGACGUCUCUUGCAGCACUCGAAUCCACAUGCUGCCUUGAGCAUCUUCAACGUGCUCACCGGAUGGUAUGAGCUCGAUGAAGUGGAUUCGAAGGUGUUACUGCAGGAAAUUCUCGACCAUGGUGUCCGCGAUACCCUGCUUGCCGCGCGCGUGUAUAUACAAAAUGCCACUGCGAUUGCGCAUCGCGCUACAUUUGAGAUAGCAAACAUCCUCAUAACCGAGGCAAAAAAUGCGGUCGCAUUUCUCGGCCAGAGCGAGUAUGCCAACGAAUUGCGCCUGCUAGAAGCGAAAAUGGCAUUUAUUGCCCUCGGUGGCCUCGACGCGCUGUCAGGACCACUGUCAUCUGCCGUGGUCGAGGGAGAAUACGUGGCCAUGGUGCAGGACUUUAUGCUCGCAGCGCAUUACAAUCUCGCUGCCAAGGCUGUGACAGAGUAUAUGGCCUGCAUCGACUACGUUCGUCAACCGACUCAGGUCAACGAGAUUAUCGCGCUGUCAGACUUGCUCGGCGCCACCAGCGGCAACAAUGCAUACCUGUGGACGACACGCCUGAUUGCCCUCGGCAGUGCGCCGCUCCAAAGCCAGAUUGCGCUUGGUCGCCAAAGCGUGUGGUGCCAAACAUAUUUGGAGGAGUACUCUUACACCGGCGCAUGGGAAAUCGCCAGGCGAUAUGCGUUGUACUACAGCAUGUAUUACCACAAGAUAGGGGACUGGACGCAGCAGCUAUACUGGUCCAUGGCUGCAGCAGAGUUUGAGGGUCGCAUCACCAAUGAUCCUCAUACCAGAAUGUCGGGCAUGUAUCACAUCUUUACGGUCAUGAUCCUUAGGCUGCAGAAUAUGUCAAGCGGGUACGAAGAGUAUGAUAUGGAAGAAGUGCGACAGUUUGGCAUCGACGGCUUUGAAGCAUGCGAGCAGGCCGGAUUCCAGGACCUGGCCCGCAAGUUCCUCGACAAGCUUUCGAACAUCGGCAUUGUUCCCGAAGAGCUUCUGGGCGCAUCGCAGGAAAACAUGUCAUUGGCUGUAGCGCCACUAGGUGAGCCAAAGAAUCUGGAUGCGAGCGAACUACUUGCACUGUAUAUUGAACAGCGUGACCUGUUGGACCGGCUACUCGACUACGAAUGUGUCGAUCAGGCGUUUGAGCUGCACGACCAGCUCAAUGCCUACAUGGAGCCAAUCUUCAAGGUGCUUCGUCAUGGAACAGAUCUGAAGCUCCGCUCGGGCGACUACGCCUCCAUCCAGAAUGCGAUGGACUUGCGAGUCGCUGAAGGUGUACUGCACAUCCAGACGACCACGUAUGCUCAGCGAGAUCGAGCUUUUACCAUUGCCAAGACGGCAGCGGCCCGUUGUGGUGAAAAUGGUCAGCUGCAGACACAGCGCGCGGCCUUGCUGGUAGCCGCGCAAUGCGCGUUCAAAAUGAAGGAGCCAAACUGGGGCAAAGUGGUGGUAGAUCUACUGCACCAAGCGGACGACUGUAUGGAUGUGUCACGUAAACAUGUGACUGCCACCUCGCGACUGGAUUCUCUGGAUCAGAAGCAGCAUUUGGUGGCCAGCUACGGGCGCAGCGAUGUAUAUGUAUUUGGUUACAUGGUCAUGACGGCUUUGAAAGACUCCAACGACAUUCUGGCGGUGAUGAAUCCGGAAGACAAUAUUUCGUCAGAGGAUAUCUGGGCAUGGAUGCAGCGUGGCAAGGGAAGAAGCGUGGUUGACUUGAUCUAUGCAGGAGAAUGCUUGGAGCCCGUACAAACGCCGUAUGCCUCGCUCACCGUCGCGAAUAAUGUGGCAGGUACAAAGCCACUCGCUGGGGAAGUCGAUAUCGGCGUUGCUCUACAUGAUGUCCAGUCCAUGGCAGCCGACUAUGCUAUGAGCAAAACGGGAUCAUCGAUGAUCAUGGUGGAUUGGUUUCUCACCAGUUCUCACAUCGACAUCAUCAUCAUUGACGCUGCGGGCCAAGUGCAUAUAGAGAUUCUCGACUUUACCUUGGAAAACGCUAUGAAGAGCUUGAUGCGUAAGCCGUUUACUCUGCGGGGCACUGAGGAUGUGAAGGCGUGGAAAGAGGCAUAUCUUGCGCAGUCCGAGUUUCUAGGCGACCUCUUGACAGUGGAUGCGCUCUCUGAGCUGGACUGGCUGGUAGAGCCGCUGGAGAAGCAUAGCAAGCCUGGUGAUCUCUUGGUGCUAUGUCCUUCAGGUGUGAUGCACGGUCUGCCCCUGCAUGCGCUCUCCGUUGCCGGCCAACUCCUGAUUGAGCGCAAUCCAAUCGUGUACACGAGCUCGCUAUCGCUGCUGUUCAACUGCUACAAGAGUGCCAGCAAGCGCGAAACAGCAGCGUCCAGCUCAGCCGUGUUUGGAGUAUACGGCAAAGCUGGCCGGGACCGUGGUACCAAGUCAGCCGAAGAGCAGAAAGUAGAGGUAACUCUGGAAUCGGUCGCGUCGCGGCUCGACACCAAAGUGGACUACGGGGUUUCGCCCGAGGAAUUCAUUGCCAAGUGCAAAGACCAGCACAUCAUCCACUACCAUGGUCACGCCAUCCUCGGAAAGAAAAAGGCAUCCCGCUUCGAUCAGUCCCUUGUGCUGGCCAGCUCCUCCCACGAGUCGGAUCUUCUGCACUGGGACGACGCCAUUGACGACUCCCUGCUCCUCAGCGGCAGCGACGAGCUCGGCCCGGCGUCGCCCUCGGCCCAUCUCAGCGCGCGGGACAUGAUUACGCAGUUGAAGCUGUCUGCGCCCCACGUCACGCUCAUGGCGUGCAACUCGGCCUCGCAGGAGUUUUCCGCGGGCGACGAGCCGCAGGGCAUGAUCCCCGUACUGCUGCUCUGCGGCGCGACGUCUGUGCUGGGCACGCUGUGGCCGAUUCUCAGCGCCGAUGGGCGCGCGUUCUCGGAGAGUUUUUACACGGCGUUUGGGGAGACGGGAUCCGUGGUCAAUCUGGCGCGUGCGGUGCAGCAGAGUGUGUUGUCGAUGAGGGCGACGCGACCGGAACCUGUUCACUGGGCAGGUUUUGUACUUCAUGGAGCAUGGUUUCAUAAAUGUUAA